UAUAACACUUGCAAAAUGGCGCUAGAACCAUUCCAAAUAUCUCUUUUGAUAUUCCUUUAUUUCAUAACUGGUUGUUCGUGUGGAGAUUUCUGUUAUUACUACAGCAAUUCCUACGGUGGUACAACGUUUUACUAUUGUGGUACUGGAUGCUGUGGAUAUUAUUACAGUCGAGAAUGUUGCAGCAAUAUUGGAACAAUAGCCGGGUCAAUUGUUGGAGGAGUGGUUGUCGUUGCUAUAGUGAUUGGUAUAAUAGUUUGCUGUGUCAUCACUCAUAAACAUCAACAAAAAAGAAUAAAACAGAGACAACAACGACAAGCUGGAACAGUCACUAUUGUGCACACCGGUGGAUUACAACAUCAUGGGAUGCCAUAUUCACACCCGCCACCAGACUAUUCUCCUUUUGGUCCUGCAGCGGGUGGACCGAUGGGUGGGAACCCGGCAUACCCACCUCCAUCAUCAUAUGGACAACCACAUGUAAUGCCUAUGACAACAGGAGGACAGGCAACAGGGGGAAUGAUGACCACAUCACACAUGGAUCCACCACCGUAUAAAUAGAGAAUAUGAAGACCAUGUGCAAUGACUUAAUAAUUUAGUUUUCCCGAAAAAUUUUGAUUAUUUGACUAUUAUUAUUAAAUGGCCUAUUUACAUAUUUAUAUUGUCCUGGUUGAUGAAGAUGAUCUAUAUUAAACUUUUAUUUUUCAAGAAAGUUACUUGUUUAAUAAAACCGUCAAUAAAGACAACAGAUAAUCAUAUUUCUUAUCUAGGACAACUCGACUAUAUUAUUUGACUAUUGUAGAAAAGUGUUUUAAACUCCUUUAAUUUUAGGCUUUAGUGUUGUGAUUCUUUUAUGAAAUGGCCAUGCAUCAUUUGUAAAAUCGUAACU